AUGUCCACUGCUACCAACCCCAAUUCCCACUUAUCGACUCAAAAAGAUCCACUGCAGUGGUUGAAUGAAACAGCGCACAUGACUAUCGAUAACUACAAAACGCUAGAAGAUGGUGUCAUUUUGGUGAAUGUUGUCAGUCAGUUAACAAAGCAAAAAUUUGCGUUUAACUGUCAACCGAAGAAUGUGUUUCAGCGCAUUGAAAAUUUUAGCGCACUUUUCACGCAAGUCCGCAAUUUUUAUAAACACGACUGCGCGGAAAACAUCAUGAGGAUGGUCUCUGGAGACGAGAAGGAGAUCGCUGAUUUUGUUUCGACACUACACAGAGUCUCUUCGUUUGGUCCCGACAGAGAAAAGUUUGGUAUUUAUAUAGCAAAACGACUGAAACUUGGAACCGCUAUUGAAAGUAACUGCGAGUUAAUGAUUCAACUUGCGAAGCGUAGGCAAAUAUCAACACCGGAGAGAAGAGACUCCCCAGUGCGGUCUAGUUUGACAAAUGCAUUCAACCAAAUCAAUUCACCAAAUAAAACGAACUCGCCUGAUAAAUUGAAAAUCUCGUCGCCAGGGUAUACAGUCAGCGAAUUGAGUGAUUCAGCAGAUAAAGAAACACCACACAAUGAAGAAAGUGAGGCAAUUUUUGCUGUUGAAGAAGAGGAAACUAUUGUCCACCACAGGAGGAAAAGCGACCCAAGAGAGAUGAAGGUCCAAUUUGAUGAUGGGUUUACAGACAAAAAGCGCUCAAGGGUUUCCGUAUGUUUUGGUGCAACGAACGUCUCGAAACCAGUUAUGUACUCAUUGGAGGAAGAAAGUACUAACACGACAACAGAGGCUGAAACGAGUGAAGACUCUGACUGCGGGAGUGUCGCAUCCUUUAGAGAUGAAAAAGAUGAUUUUGAUAAAUUUGAGAACUUUUCGAAGUUUGCGAAAGACGAGAGUUCUGACGAAAAACAAGAGAAGAACGAAAAACAAGAGCGGUACAGCAAAUACAUUGACGUUGGGAGAAAAGCGAAAAGGGCGGAGGUCAACUUUUUAUCAUCAUUUGAGAAAGAAUUAAUUGUAGUGUUAGACAAACAAAAGAGAGAACAAAAAGAAAGAGGAGACACCGGAGAAAAGCUCCGAUUUGUGUUGAAGGAGUUGGUGGAGAACAAACAAAAGAACGAAACCAUUAAGGUACACCACAGAAAUGACAAACAAGUUCAAUACAACGCGUUUUCUGCUCGUCUCCAGAAGAAUGAGACACGAACAUCACUCCACAACGAUGGAAUGCUCUCGUCUAUCCCCGUUCGAAAAAACUUUCUUGGUCGUAAGGAGAGAACAUUGAGAAGACAAUCGUGUAUGUUGAGGCAACAAGUCCUUGAACCCGUCACAAGCAAAACUGCUAACCCAGAGAGAUGGAGAGGGAAAAAUUAUAAUGACUGUGAUAUAGAACACGUCAAGAGCAUCCAAUGGUUCAUCAAACAUAGAAAGGCUGCAAAAGAAGGCGUGCGAGUCAUCAAGAAAAUGCGGGAGAGGAAGGCCGCAGUGUUUGAAAUGAUCAAUAAUGAAGAACAUUUCAUGGACUGUAUGAUAAUUCUCAAUGAGAUGCUCGAGUUUUUUAUAGAAAACAAGUGUGGUGCGGUGUUUGAUUUAGCGAAAAAGUACCUUGAAAAAGUCACUUUGUGUACACAAAAAUUGGAAGAUAAAAUAGCGAAAAUAGUGAAAGUCGACAAGAUGUAUUAUGGAGAGGGUAUUCCACAGAUUUACAACGAGGUGUUCGAUAGUUUUAAUGACUAUGCGUUUUUCAUCAAUUUAUAUAAACGACUCAUGAACGAUUACGAUGAUCUGACGAACGCAUUAAACACAAAAGAAUGUAUUCAACAAUAUGUCUUGAAAUUGAAGGUCGAAAAGAAGAUGGAUUUUGAUAUGUUAGUGUCUAUGCCAUUCCAACACAUAAUGCGAUACAAAAUCCAGAUCAACCGGAUUAUUGAAACGUUACAAAAUAACGACAAACUUUUUAUUCCAAUGAAUGAGGCACUGAGUAAGGUGAGUGAUGUUAUUUGCAAUGUCAAUGAUCAGUACAAAAGCGUUGCUCAAUCGACGGAACUUAACACAGUCAUAUCACAUAUGUCUGUUGGUCUAGAAAAGACAUUGUUCGGCCGAACAGUGGUUGGGAUGACACGAGCACAAAUCACUAAAUUGCGAGAGAAAGAUCUUGUUAAGUCAAAAACAGGGAAGCGGUACAAAAAGUGCUUUGCACUUAUCAUCUCAGAUGCAGUCAUCUUCCUGACAAACAAAUCAAUUUGCGACAGCGACAAAGUAACACUAAGCGAUUUGGCUGACAAGAAAAAACUCCAAGUGGAGACUAUCGCGUACUUUGAUAAUGUUGUGUUAAUGCCAUUCAGCGUCAACGAGUUACACUUUAGUGUUCAAGGAGACUAUUUGGUCAAAUUUGUUGAUAUGAAAGAGAUGGAAUUUUUUAUUCAACAGGUCGAAACGGCUCGGAGUGGGUUGUGGCUGAAUUACAAUUCGGUACUCAAAUCUAUCAAGGCAGAUAAGUACCCCUUUUUCUCAAUGGAACUCGAGGACGUCACGUUCCACUCGGACGCACUGGUUAACAGAGCAAAUUUGGUGCAUGCAGUGUUGUCUGGGAUAUACGUUUUUGUGUACAAGUCGACGUCUGAUUUUGUGAAUAAAAACAAGCCUUUGCACACACUCAACAUCUUUGAAAAUCCCGUCAGCUUCACAUGCGACAGUGUUGGGAUGACCGUUUUUGUAUGCUUUGAUAUGCCAGACAACAAGUUGCAAUUACAAAUGCAAUCACUCCAACUUGGAAUGCUUUGGAUCAACUGUAUUCGAAACGAGAUGCAGGCUUUCAUUACAGCAAACAAAGCAAUUCUUCCAAUUGAACCGAAGAGUCCAAGAGGAAUUAAUGCAUGGUACGUCUGGAAAAUUCUUCCAAACAUUAAUGGAAACGAUAAGUGCUUCAUUUGCAAAAAAUUCACUUCAGUUGUUGAUAUCGGUUCAGGGAAGUUUUACUGCAUCGACUGCGCAAAGUUGAUCAAAAGUUCGACACUUUUCGAAAUGUCAAGAACAGCAAUUGUACUCCUUGCGUCACUAACUAAAGACACAAGACCAAUCCUUGCUGGGGGAAAUGACGUGCUCAAGGCCCUUGCAUAA